CCGCCGCCGCGCAUCCCGCGCUCCCCGCGCGCGCGGACAGUCGCGCGCACACUCGGGCACGCGGGCCAGCCGCCGGCCGCCCCAUGGACCCAUCGGCCCGGCUGCCCUGAUCCCCGCCCAGCCCGGGAUGAGAAACUGCAAAAUGGCCCGGGUGGCCAGUGUGCUGGGGCUGGUCAUGCUCAGCGUGGCCCUGCUGAUCCUGUCGCUCAUCAGCUACGUGUCCCUGAAAAAGGAGAACAUCUUCACCACUCCCAAGUACGCCAGCCCGGGGGCGCCGCGAAUGUACAUGUUCCACGCGGGAUUCCGGUCGCAGUUUGCGCUGAAGUUCCUAGACCCGUCGUUUGUGCCCAUUACGAAUUCUCUCACCCAGGAACUCCACGAGAAACCUUCUAAGUGGACUUUUAAUCGGACAGCGUUUUUACAUCAAAGGCAAGAAAUUCUUCAGCAUGUCGAUGUAAUAAAAAAUUUUUCUUUGACCAAGAAUAGUGUUCGGAUCGGACAACUGAUGCACUAUGAUUAUUCCAGCCAUAAAUAUGUUUUCUCUAUUAGCAAUAACUUCCGCUCACUGCUUCCAGAUGUGUCACCCAUUGUGAAUAAGCAUUAUAAUAUCUGUGCUGUGGUUGGAAAUAGUGGUAUCCUGACAGGGAGCCAAUGUGGACAAGAAAUAGAUCAAUCAGAUUUUGUUUUCCGUUGCAAUUUUGCCCCUACGGAGGCUUUCCAAAGAGAUGUUGGAAGGAAAACCAACCUUACCACCUUCAACCCCAGCAUCCUGGAGAAAUAUUACAACAAUCUCUUGACCAUUCAGGACCGUAACAACUUUUUCCUCAGUUUAAAAAAGCUUGAUGGGGCCAUUCUUUGGAUCCCUGCAUUUUUCUUCCACACUUCAGCAACUGUGACCAGAACAUUAGUUGACUUUUUUGUUGAACACAGAGGUCAGUUAAAGGUCCAGUUGGCUUGGCCUGGAAAUAUAAUGCAGCAUGUCAACAGGUACUGGAAAAACAAGCAUUUGUCGCCCAAACGGCUGAGCACAGGUAUACUAAUGUACACCCUUGCGUCAGCAAUAUGUGAAGAGAUCCACUUGUAUGGAUUUUGGCCUUUUGGAUUUGACCCCAACACAAGGGAAGAUCUUCCAUACCAUUACUAUGACAAAAAAGGAACCAAAUUUACCACCAAAUGGCAGGAGUCCCACCAGCUGCCUGCUGAGUUUCAGCUGCUGUACCGAAUGCAUGGGGAAGGGCUCACCAAGCUGACUCUGUCACACUGUGCCUAAGAACUCCAAAUGGAGUGUGCCAAAUGGCUGUUAAAAAGUGCCCCAAGUCAAGUUGAAUAGUCUUCAGAAUAGAACCCUAGGGAAUGUCUCAAAGACUAGUCUGCCAUUUGAGAGGAAAUAAUUUUCUCUCUCUCUCUUUCUCUCUCUCUCUUGCACUGCUCUUUUAAGGGGCUUGGCAGAUUUAGCAAGGACAGAUGGCAUUGAAACCACAUGAUUUAAACUUGAUUGAUAAAGGGAAUGUUGCAUUUGAAAGUAUGCUGCUAAUGAAAUGGUUUAGAGUAUUUUCAUGUUUGUAUUUUGAUAAUCAACUGCCUCCCAUUUUUAUAAGGACUGGAGCUAGAGUUUUUGUAGCUCUGCUCAGACACAGUCCUCAGAAUCAGAGGCCUCUGACCAGUUGGGGCAGAUCUCAGUUUUGUUGGUGGGAUCAGACUCUUCAACAUGGAAACAUAAAAAAUUGGUUUGCAUAUCUCAUCUCUUACUUUCUAUCUCCUGUCUACCAUCUCCCUUCUCUCCCUACAGCUAUUCCACAUGCCUCCCAGCACUAUGGAGUUUAAUAAUUUGUUAGGAAUACUGUUGAAUUAGCCUUGCUUGUCUGUGUUGCAUCUGGACCUGAUGUGUUCAAGGCUCUGGGUAACUUCAAUGUUUUCAUGAUAAACCAUGAACCAUCAUAAUGGACCUUCUCAUGAUUACUUUCAUAAGAAAUGACUCUUAGGAAGUCCUCAGUAAUCCACACAGUCAUUCUGCAGCACAGUGAGCCUUCUGUGGCAGGUAGCAUGCAAGGCAGUGUACCUUUCACUCAAGAGAAUGCCUAUGGCCUGUGUGGCAUCACAUCUCUUGACAUGAGUUGACACUGUGGCAGGUAAUAGCACCACUGCCAUAUCUGUAAGGGUGCUCUACUCUUGGUCUGGUACCUGCCACAGUCCCAGCCCAAGACAGCUGGGCAUUCUCUCUAAAUAUAGAAGCACUGAGUCAGCUUAAGAGACUAGGACACAGAAAGGAAUAGGAGAUGAAUAUAUGAAUAUUCAGAAUUUAUUAUGGAAUCCUCUAUCCCUUAACAUAUUGUUACUGUGUCGCCCAUUCAGAGCUUUGAGAACCAGCAGGAUUAGAAUGAAAGAGAAGCUUGGAGGUUGACCAGGCUGGCCCCAGGUUUGAGUAGUGCCCAGGUAAAGUCCCUUUGAAUAUCACUGUGUCCACCACCACCAAUCCAGAACUCUUUGUUUUCUUCAAACUACUGUAUGAGUAGACACUCAAUAUUCCAUCAACUGAAGGCAGGUCUACAUGCCUACAAAUUAAGCAUUUCAAAAGGAGAAGUUAUUGUGCAGCGGCAAGAUUGGGUGCUAAAGCACUCUUGGAAUUUGGGAUUAUGUAGACCUGCCAUAAAGGGACUAGUUGGCCAUUCUCCUUUUUAUUAUUUCAACUGGAGAAGUAGCAAUCACAUCAUUUCCAUACCUGAGUUUUACUGAGCAGCAUUUUGUCCUUACAGUUCAAUUCAAAGUCUAGACAAGUUGAUGUUAAAUUUUAAUGUGCUUGAUUCUUCCUUCCAAAUGCCAGUCAAGCACACUUAUUUUAUGUUUGAGUGGAGCAGCUCAUUCUUUUACAGACAUCUCAUCUAGAUCACUUGUAGUGUUACAAAUGCUAUUAAAAAUAAUUGCUGUAGUUCAGGAAUCAGCUCACUGCCCCUCUUUGGGAAGGUAUAAGCAUGCCCCAAAUUAAACCAAAUACAAUGAGAAGAGAUGCAGUCCUGAUGCUCAUGUCGUGCCUGGUCCCAAAGCUGUCCUUUUCCAAAAGCUAUCUAAUCAGGACAGCUUAUGUAGAUGCAGAUAUUAGCUGCUGAGAGAGAAAUCAUUUGGGUUCAAAUGUUGUCAGUUGUGACACAUCUUCCAAUGUUAUGUGAAUAGCAGUUGUUCAAGUAGAUGGGAAGAAAUAGGAGUAGAUGUUUCAAAAUGAGAAAAACUAAAAUAGCUUGAUUACUGGAAAUAUUUAUAAGGGUAAACAGUAAAAUCAUUUUUAAAUCCAAUGGUAUGAUUUGAUGGCCAUCAAAACCACACCAUGUGUGCUACUGUCGUGAGGACAGCACCACUGUUCUUGAGCUGUGCUCUGUAAGCAUUGCUGUGAGGCUAAUAACUGAUGGAGGUAUCUAGUUGGCUGUUCCCUAGCACUUAGUUCAUUUAGUGACAACCUAGAGAUACUAAUGCCAAGAUCACAGGGAUUGAUUCUGACACUGGAGUCUUAAUCCUAGUGUACCCAUUUGUUUUUACUAAGUAGAAUUGCAAAAGAACCAAGAAGGUUAUAGAACAAAAUGCCAGAAUUUCUAAAACCAGUUAAUUUUUCCAGGGUGGAUUCUUUUAAUUUGAUCUCAUCAACACGCCGAUGUUUAUUGUUUGUUUUUUAAUUAAGUUCACCCUUAGCUUCAUCUUAUUUCUGGAGUGGGAUUUUCCAUCAAUCGCUUUAACAAAAACUCAGAAUAGUGAGGAAAUGGACUUGUCUCCAGAGAUAGAAAGGCUUGAAGAUCAGCUCAUCCCCACUUCUAGGCAGGAUUUCCUAGAGCUGACCCCAAAAGAUCUUUGUUACCAAAACACAAAAACAAACUGUGAAGAAAAUUGCAAGCCCUUCUAUAGUGGUUCAUGAACACAAUUCUCGUAAGUUCUUGCUUUACAGUCUUGAUUUGCCCCAUUGCAAAGUUUAGUUGCAGUUUGUGGGUAAAGCAUUGACCCCAGCUUUCAGCACAUAGUAGGUACUCAGUGUAUGGCAGCUUUUAAUGUUAGUUAUGCCCUGGACUGGCAGUUCUAGCAUAUAGAGAAAAAUGGCCAAUGGAUGAUCAUACCAAAAUCUUUCUCUUUUUAAAGACUGCUUCAGAGUUGGACAUUAUAUAACCAUUCUCACAACCAAAAGACUUGGUGGGUCCCAUGUGUCCUGAUUAGGGAGACAGCAGUGUAAGUAACCAGAACUGGCCAGCCCUCCUGUGCUUCCCAGGCUUGUGUAAUUAAGUGCAGUGAGCUGGACAGAAGGGACUAUUAGGGCCAUCUUUCCUGACUCAGCUACAGAUCUAUCCCCCUGGCUUUUGCACUGACUCGCUUUGCUGGUUCUAGGCUUAGCAAACUCUUUCUGUCAACCUUUUCCCUGUUUAGGAUACUCACAGCAGAAUCCAACCUCAGCUAUAGGGAUAAACUUCAUCAUAAAGCCCUCGAGGCUGUCUACAUCUGACACCAAAACCAAUCAAAUUGCAGAUGGAGGAAAAGGCAAAUAUUUGGCAACUUGAUAAUGCUAGAGCCUUGGUUGUCAUCACUUGUUCUGAGUGUCAUGUGAUCCAGGGGAAGAACCAGGUUAAAAAGUGCUGUCAGUCAUUCCUCUCACAGCCAAAAAAUUCUCCCCUGUAUUUGAUGAUUGUGAAGUCUAUGGUUCCUCCGCCUUUGUGUCUGUGUCUUAAGUGUCCUUAACCGUGUGUAUAGUGGCAUCAUGUGCCUGGCAGUGCUGAUCGUGACUGCUGUGCCAUCUGUCUGGGACCUCGAUAUCAAGCAUCUGACCAUGGGGCUACCAGCAAGAAUGCACAAAGGAAGAGGCCCCCAGACCACCUGUCACUCAUGGACAUGAGUGCCAAUUUUCUGGAGAAGCUGAGGAACAGAACAAUAUUUCUUCAGACUUCGGGCAAGGCACUGAUUAUUACACACUCUCAGAGAACAAAGCAGUGUUGCCCUGAGGCUAAAUGAGGCUGGGCCAGCACUGGAGAAUGUGAAAUGCUGGGAACUGAAGAACUUUGAAGUUCUCCUGUCCUAAUUCUUGAGUUUACAAAUGAGAAAAUGGAGAAACAGAGAGGCUCGGUGACUUUCCCAAGAUUGCAUAGGUAAUUAGUGGAGAAGUCAUGAUUCCUCAUCUAGUUCUUCUCAGCCCUGUCAGUAUCAAAUGAAGACAGGCUCAAAGGGAGAAUGAUUUGGUCUGGGAUUUACAGGACACCUAAAGUAAGUCAGACUGUAGAGGAGGAAAAAAUUCUCUCCCUCCCCCAAAAAAUUUCUCAAUGCAAAACAUUAAAGGAGAUGCUUGCCUCAAAAUACAGCCAUCCACUGAUACCUUCCGUGGCUCCAGAAGAAAAUCCAUUUGGUCAAUCAUUAUUUGAUAAAUCACAGUUUAGUUACUGAUGGCUCAGAUUGGCAGCUGAAAUCUUACACAAUAUUCAUCAUAAAACCUGGCUUCAGUGAUAUGCAUGCAUAAUUUAGAAAUUGAAGGCUGAAAAUGGUUAUGUACUUUCCUGUAUGUAUAAUUUGCAACUGGAUUAAGAAAUGCCUCCCGUAGUAUAAAUUGUUUCAACAGCAGCCUUUGAAUUAUUGCAUUUGCUAAGUUCAAUAUGCUAAGAAGAUGUACAAAUUAUGAAUGACUUUGGUGGCUCAUCAUGUGCAAAAUGACAAAUUGAGUAAUUUCUUGUGUAAUUCUGGAUCCUUUAAUCCAUUUUCCCCAUUAUUGUUUGAAUGCGCUGGACAAAACUUUCUGUUUAGCUUCUUUAACUGUCUUUGCUUCUAGAAUUGGGGCUGUGCAUAUUUGGAUGGAGAGCCCAAUGGAGCUCUGUGCUGUUGGGCUAGGCACCUUGGCCAACUGAUUAACCAGUCUGGACUCUGUGGCCCAAUUAAUCAAGGCCACAGAUGAGUUAUACCAAGAACUAGCAUGGCUAAUUGUGUCUCCCUCACACCCUGAUGGUUACAACAUUUGAAAUGGAAAACAGUUUAGAAUGUCAUUAUUGUGUUAUGCAGUAUUUCUGGAAAUGUAUUUUUAUGGUGAUGUGAUUUAUUACUGAAGAAAUGUUGUUUGAAUAGAUGUUUUUAUCCUCAGUGCAGCUCAUUCUCUUGUUGUUGAUUACAGUGAAAUCACAUGGAAGAGCCUGUUGCAGAACAAUUCACUUCAUUUAAGAUUGGUGGGGGGUUCUGGACUUGCAGAAUAACUCACCUCAUUUUAAUAUUGUAGUGGGGUUCUGAGGUUAGGCUCUGAAUUUUGCUGCUAAUCCCACAGCAAAGAAAGGUUUGAAAUGAGAAACUAUUCAAAAUAGAAUUCUUGCUUCUCACUCCAUACCAUUAACUCAUAAUAUCCUGGAAUAAGUUCAGCUUACAAAGAUUGCAAGUUGAUUCUGACCUGGCCAGCAUUUGGAAACCAUAUCAUAGCAGAGCCACACAGAUAGUUACCAUUUUUACCAAAGGAGCUGAAUGCUUCUGACUCAUCAUACCACUAGUUUCAGGUGUUCUUUGAAGUGAUCAUGAUACAUGGCAGUGUAGACACAGUCUUAGUAACUCAGCCAUCCCACUGUUUUGGCUGACUUGACCAAUCACCAAUGUGCAAUCAGUAACUGUCAAUGUAGUCGGAGUGGAUGCAAGCCUGAAUAUUAGGUGAGACACACAGUUCAAACGUACUUUAUCCAAGGCUAGCCCUUUAUCUUUCCAACUAAGAAGGGCAUUGAGAAUGGUAGGUUGAGAAAGAGGGAGUUAAACAAUUCAUUUAGAUUCACCUGGCCAGUUACUCUCAGAGCCUAACAUAUUCCUCAAGGAAUCUGAUUUCUCAACCUCCAAGUAAAGCCUCAAAUACAAAGAUCUACAGGCUAAAAGGAAAUCCAUCAAGGAAGGAAUUCAAGGGGCUUAAAUUCUAAGGCCAACACAGUAAAAUAAGGGUGAUCAGUUGUUAUUAGCCACUUUGUUCCAGCCUGUUGUAUAAGGUGCCACUGCUCUAAUGAAAUUUUGGCCAAGCCUCUAUCUGUAGCUGUGCACAUGUAAAGCCUUUAAUCGCCAGAGGUACCAAAGGGCUCCUUUGGUCUCCUUUCUGUGUGAUUCAGAAACAGUUUCAGCUUUUUGGUGUGCUGCUAAAUGUUCAACAGCUGGUUCUGCAGAACUGUAGAACUCUGAUUUGUAGCACUUAUCAAUUUCCAUGGUGUAAAUAUUCUCAUCAUAGCAAAUUUCAAGCUACUAACUGAUUGUCAACCGGCUCAGAAUUUAACUACACAUUUUCAAGAGCCAGUAUGAGUUGGCUCCAGCACAGCACUGCCCGAACUAUUUCUGAGUCCAUAAGUACCACAUAGAAGAGGUCAGCAGUGGCUUUGGAGAGACCUCCAAAUGCACCCUCUCUCCAGGGAGGCGCCUCCACCUUGUUCAGUUUUACUCACUGUUAGUAAGACUGCAUAUUAUCAAAUCCUCUAGGCUAAAGCCAUAGGGAGUUCAAAAUAUUCCCUAGCCAUGUGACUCUUAUUAAACUCUCAACAGACUCCUCAAUACCUUAGGAGUUAAUCAACCAUGGGUUUUCUGAUUCCUAAGGGAAACAUUCAUUAACUGCCAGUUGAAACCACUCAUGGCUGAUCCUUUUUGUGUGUGUAUUCCAUAGUCCAUCACCUAUUUUCCCUUUCUACUUAUUCCUCUUCCUUAUGGCACAGCACAGAAUUCACAGGCAUCCAUAAAACAGUGUGUGCAAUGGAGCAGGGAAUGAACAAGACACUCAUUCAUCUUACCUGGCCCCAUACACCUCAAGAGACUCCCUGGUUCAAAAGUCUCUAUCCAACCAGGGGACCCUCAGCAUCAUGCCCAUAGCAUAGUGCCCAGAGUUUGCAUAUGCACUCAACUGGACUUUAUUUAGUUCCUACUUGUCAAAAACCACCACCAAAAACCUCUGAGCAACUUCAGGGACUGAAUGGCAUCAUAUGAUGCCUUGCCCUUAACUAAGCUAAUGUAAAGCUGGACCCUAAAAAAGUAAUCUACAAACAUAAGGCCACUUCAGUCCUCUGGCACUGAGCAGUAGAGCAACUGCCCUUCUGAACCAAGUGUUCAGGAUUCAGAUACCCUGGUCAUCCACAAAUAAGCAUUAUUUGCAAAUUAAAAUUUUUCUGGAGGAAGUCAUUCUUAGGAGCAUUUAAUUAGAUUCUUUGGAAGGCAAUAUUGGAAAAAAUGUACACAGUGAAUGGCCAUAAGUUUUUGUUCUGCACAUAGUGAAUUACAAUCAGAUCAUGAAGGAACAAAUAUAGUUUCCUGGCUAUAAGAAAAUUCCCUACAAUAAAAUCUAUAACAACAAAAUGUCUAAAGCAUUUCUAGACUAUAAAUGUUUGAAACUGAUUUUCUAUAUUGUGUUUAAAAAGCCAGGAUAUCCUUUAUUUUCUGUUCUUAAUGGAAAUGGGGUUUUCUCUAUCUUGAGCAAGGUAUAUUUUGUUUUAAAUGAGUCAAGUACAUGUUCAGAUGAUUUUCUCUAUUCCAAACAAAUUGCAUGUAUCCUGGGGAACAAAUCUGGCACCACAGACAGAAGUCUAUAGCUACAAGCACUGGGAACUGACAGGUAGGUCCAAUUUUAUUAUGAAUAAAUUCACCGCAAAACACAGCCUUGAAGAACCAGCCACUCCCAUAACAUUUUUAGCUGGAGAGAGAGGAAAGAAAAUCAAUAGAUGAUGAGGGAGAGGUUUGGUCAGCAUACAUAGGUAGAUUAAACUCACUGAAGUACUUGCAUAAAGGAAGGGGAGGAUUCCUUCUAAAACCUAGAAUCUGGGCCAUUUUGCAAGACUGAGAACAACUGGAGUCCCUGUUAGAAAUGCUCUUUAACAACAUUUCAAGAUCCAGAUCUGAGCCCAUGCUAUGCAGAAAAGGCAGACUUACGACCAAGAGAGAUUUAUUGCUGGGCUAAGACCCAAUCACCAAGCAACAGAAAUCAGCAAUGAAGUCCUCCCAGGACACAGAACUAACCUACUGGAAAAUCACAAUGCAUAAGGCACAACCAUUUACUCACAUAGAGUGGUCACCUAAGUCCACAGCAGAACUUCACAGACCCAGACAUUAUCUCAGGUGCAGAUCAGCACCUUCAGUGUUGAGAAGCGAUAACUGACUUGAGGGAGUCCAGGGACUUCUCUGUCCAGCCAGCUAACUAGAAUCAGAGUGUAGGUCUCCCAACCACUGAUUGUACUAUACCACACCAUGCUGCCUCUGUUCUUUAGGUGGAAAAUGACAAUCCAUUGUGAAAGCAUAAAUUAGAAGUCAAGACAAAAGAAUGUUUAUGAUAUCUUCUCUCACUUAGCCUCCUUUGGUUUCAUCAUUUCAUGUUAGCAUUAUUUUAAAGAAUGUUCCAUCAUCAUAGAAUGAGGAACAAAGCUCUUUAUAAAGUAAUGAUGAAACCAAAAGGUCCAAAGGCGAGGGAACAGUGAAUGUAAGUUACUAAAGAAACGAGCAAGAAGCAUGUGUCAGGGAAAAUCAGUGCUUCUUAUAGUGUACUACUGUGGCACCCUCCCCAUGCUCAUGUAAUGUAUUUGCUCUGGAAAUGUCAUUUUAUGCUAGGACAUUGGUAUUGAAGGCUUCACUCUUUCCCAAAUACAUCACUCUUUGGAAGAAGCCAGGCCCUUAGGAAUCAGACUCACCUCCUGUGAGAGGCAGCCUCACCUGCCGUUGGAAACAAGCUGCCAGACUCUGAGGGCCAACGAGAUGGGGAGGAAAGAAGCCAGCACUGCUGGACUGAGGAACAUGUAAAUAUCUUCUGCCUUCUUGGUGAGCAAGGACGAUCAUCUUUUCAUAGAGGUAAUUGUGUGUAUAUUGUGAUUGUAGUUUGUGAAGAAAAUGCAAUGGUUUGCUUUGACAGCUCCCAAAUGUACCUGUUAAGUGUGAAUGUGCCUGCCUCAUUGCCUCACGUGCCAAACACAGUACUGAAUGCGUUCUUUUUAAAUAAACUGUUUUAUUGUGCAUUGGAAAGCA